CAACAUCAAAUCACCAUCAAGACAUCUGACGCUUAUUACUGCUCACUGCUCCUGGGACAUCCAAACACAAACCCUACCCUAUCCAACCAAUUUCUCCCAUUCAUUCAUACUAUUCAUCCUUUCCAGCUCUUCCACAAAAUAAGGCAACGACGAGGAAGAAAAAGAGAAAGACAAUGCCCCCCUCCACUCCCACCUCCCGCACAUCCAAACCACCCACCCCCACCCCUAAGUCUCACGCUCAACCUCCCAUUGCCAAACCCACUCCCCAACGCGUCGUCUUCCCCGAAGCUCACCUCCGCCACACGCCUCUCACCUCCCGGACCCCAGGAAGCAUUGGCCCGAGAGUAGGCGGAGGCGGAGGCUCCCGCCGCCCUCCGCUCCCCGCGAACGAUAUCCGGCAGACGAAGGAGUAUAAAGCUGCCGCUAGGAAAUGGCUCUCGACGAUCGUGGCGCUGCCGAUUCUGAUGUAUGCGUCUUAUAUUCUCUAUGAGCGGACGGUUGGGAAUCAGAAGCCGAAGCGGUUGGUUGGAGGGGAUGGACAGGGGCAGCAGGGGCAGCAGGGGCAGAGUAGAGGAGGAGGUAGCUGGGGGAAUGGGGAGGGGAGGGAGUAGAUUCUAUGAGGGCGUUGGUCGUGGUGCUACUAAUGUGGGUUGUCUGGUCGAGGAGGGGUGCCGGGCACCGGGUGAUGGUGUAUCUUGGUGACAUGUAUAUUAUUACUUGAUCAAGGCAAGGAUCGAAAGCGUAGAAAAUAUGUUUCUGGCG